AUGUCUAGAUACGCCUCCUCCCACGUCAGCCCCAAGGGGCCUGGAGAUGCCCGUCCUACAGCCCUCCAAGUCGUCAACGAUGAAGGUCUUAUCUGCAAACUCUCUGGAAAAGUCGUUCUUGUGACGGGCGCGAACUCAGGCAUCGGUGUCGAGACAGCACGCGCCAUCCACGCCACAGGUGCCACCCUCUUUCUUACAGCCAGAGAUCUAGCCAAGGCCCGGCAAGCUGUGGAUAGCGUCAAGAAUGGGCCUGGACCUAAGUCUGAUGCGCCAAUCCAUGCUAUCGAGCUUCGUUUAGACUCUCUGGCCUCAGUACGCUCAGCUGCCAAGGCAUUCCUCUCCAAAAGCGAUAAAUUAAACCUACUCAUCCUCAACGCCGGCGUUAUGGCCACACCAGAGGGCAAGACAGAAGACGGUUUCGAGACUCAAUUUGGGACCAACCAUCUAGGUCAUUUCUUUCUCUUCCAGUUGUUAAAGCCUGCGCUCCUGGCGGCCUCUACACCCGAAUUUCAGUCUCGGGUUAUUUCUGUAUCGUCUAUGGCCCAUCGCUUUGGUAAAGUCCGUUUUGACGACUUUAACUUUACCAAGGAUCCAUACGAGCCCUGGAGUGCGUACGGGCAGUCUAAGACGGCAAACAUUUACUUUGCGAACGAGGUCGAGAGACGUUACGGGUCUAAGGGUUUACACGCUCUCUCUUUACACCCAGGUAUUAUUGCCACCAACCUUUCUCAAUAUCUUCCAAAGGAGCAUUUGGAGUCGAUUGCAAAAGACGAAGCGUUGCAAAAGAACAUGAAGAGCAUCCCUCAGGGGGCAGCCACGACCAUUUACGCUGCGAUUAGUAAGGAAUGGGAGGGCAGAGGCGGCAAGUAUCUCAGCGAUCUUGUCGAGCAAGGUCCAGCCGAUAUGGGGUCGCAAAGCGAGCCUGGGUACGCUCCGUGGGCUUACGACGAGGUAUCAGCCAAGCAGCUUUGGGAGGAGUCGAACAAGCUAGUGGGCUUCAACGAUGACUGA